AUGUCUUACAAAUCAUCUUCAUGUUCACCAAUGAUGAAAAAGUGUAAAAAUAAGUAUAAAAUAAGUUUGGAUGCUCAAAACUUGAAGCCAGAGGACAUAAGUAUAACAAUAACUGGAAGGAAAGUUACUAUUAUAGGUAAACACAAAGGUGAAAGGAACGAAGAUGGUUACGAAGUUAAACAAUUUAAAAGGAGGUACAUGUUUCCUGAGACAUGCAAUAUGGAUCGUGUAAGCUCUACUUUAUCAACUAACGGAGUUCUUACUAUCACUGCACCUGAAAUGGUAUACGAAAGAAUUGUCAACAUUGACAUUAUAGAAAAACUUGAGUCGAUGGAAGACGAUGAAACUGAAAUAUCUGAUGAAGAUUAA